UGAGGCUCUUUGGUACGGAGAUGGUGCCGAAUGAAGGAGAAAACGAGAUACCACGAAUUCCACCACCUCCCUCCCGACUGCCUGCUGCAAUGCUGCAUCCUAUUGAAGGCAUGCAGGGGCGUGGCCUAGUUUUGGUGACGAGAAAGACACUGACACGAUCCGAUGUGGCCGUGCGUCAGGGUCGGCUUUUGAUCAGCAAGGGUGAGGUGCUGUGGGGGCAGUUAUCGGAGGAGGAGAAGAGGGAGCUGGUGAGACCAAAAGGGUACGUUGAAGUUGAGGUAGUGGAUCCGAGGGGGGAGAGGAAUGAGAUGAAGUUGAGGAGGCGGGGGAGUUCGACUACGCUUGUGUUGAGUUCUGGAUGGAUAAAGCUUGUGAAGGAUAAUAAGCUGGAGGCGGGGGUGGAUUUUAUUGAGUUGUGGAGUUUUAGGAUGGGUUUGAAGCUGUGCUUUGCUUUGAAUGUUGAGAGACAACUGACAAUACCAUCCAUGAUGAUGAUACAUUAUUAAUUUUCAAGAAUCUGAAUCUAGCUAUAAUGGUACUAUAUAAGAGUGCGUUGGU